AUGAAGAACAGACUGGAUGAGCUGAGGGGCUACCAGGACAGGGAUGAGGGAUCUCAAAUAGAUGUUCAUUUUCAAGGUCCUGGCUACUGUAAUGCUGGCUAUCAAGAGGAACAGUCUUCUGGGAUGGAAGAGUUCUUUGGGCAGGUAUCUCAGCUUUACAUGGAUCUAAGCAAGUUACGAGAGUCGUCGGAAGAGAUUCAUGGCAAGCAGGAGCAGAUUCUGUGUAGCACUACUGCUGAGGAACUUUGUGGAGAAAAGCACCUUCUUGCUGAACUCAAAAGACGGUUCUCUCACCAGGCUAGGGACAUCCAAGAGCGUUUGUCUCGCAUUAAAGAGAAGGAUUGGACUGGAACGCUCUGGAAAGGUAGUGCAGAAGGCCGUAUUAAGCAGUCCCAGUUCUACAGCCUGCUCCAACGGCACAAUCAGGUUCUGAGCCAGCACUAUACCUGGGAAACAGAGUAUGCAGGGCGCCUGAGGGAACAGAUUGUAAGGCAGACACAGUUGGCUGGCCUGGAGCUGGAUGAGGAAGAGAUCCGACGCCUGACAGAUAGUUUGCAGGUUCCCCAGCUAGUGGGCACUGACAUCCCGGAACUUGAGGCCCUCAGGAAUCUUGCACUUGUCCAGGAGAGGCACCAGCAGCUGUUGGCCCUGGAAGAGCAGAUCAGUGAGCUCCACACUCUUUUUCUUGCCCUGGAAGUUAUGGUGUGCCAACAGCACUUACAGAUGGACCACAUUGAGUACAACGUCCUACACACUCUAGACUAUGCGAGCGAGUCCUCCGAGAAACUGAAGAAGGCUCUUCGGUAUCAGCACCAGUCCCGAGUAGCUGCUCUUGUUUCCUCUCUUCUGGGACUGUGUUUGUGCUGCGGAUGCCUGUGUUGUGCAUCCCCGAACUUGCCCUUUACCAAGUAA